UUUGUAAUAGUAGUGCAUUAUAAUAAUAAUAAUUAUUUAUAAAAAAUAUAUAUGAUUGGCGUUUGCACCGCUCCAGGUCAAGAGGGGUCGCUGUUGUCUGUUUGUGAAUGUUUUUGUUACGCUCAGAAGAAGAACCGUUCCACGGUUUGAUUGGUUGAUUCGUGUCGUUUCCACGACACCGACAACAGUUUACAAAUAUGUCGACUCUGUAAUCUGAAGGAAAUCAAAUGGCUCAUGAUUUUCUUGUGUUUUUCUUCAUUUUCCGCCGGCUCACGUGUGUUUUACUGCUAUUUUCUUUGGCUAUCGCUCAAAAUGUUGUUGUUUUCCAGCCGUCCUCUCUCACUGCCACUGGGCCAUCCGUGUCUGCACUUCUGCUGGGAAACACGUUGGACAUGUCUCUGACUGUGAGGACAGUGUCUCCGUCCAACACGACAGGGAACAUUGGUCCUCCGUCAUGUGUGACUAAUGUAACACAGUGGGUGGUCACAAAGGAGCAGGUAGGAAAGGCUGCGGUGCGAGUUCAGCUGAGGUUGGACAAAAAUCUGCGUUUGUGUGGUGAGAAUGAGACAGACUGCUGUACCGAUCCACUCUGUGUGCUGGAGACUCUUCAGGUUUCUGCCUGUGAAAAUGGCACCCCACAGGCAUCACUGCUGAUCCAGGCCAAGAUAUAUGCACUGUUGGUUCCUGCUGUUGCUGGAUCUGAUAAUAAUACGGCAAUUCCAAACCAAGCGUUCCAACCACUGGGCUCUUGUCCCUGUGAUCUAACAUCCAGAGCCUGUGAUGUGCGCUGCUGCUGUGACAAGGACUGCUCCACAGAAGAGUUAAAGCUAUUUGUAUCCCACUGUCUCCUGGGGCCCUUUGGUGGACAGGUCUCUCCUUCUCCAGAGUAUCAGUGCUCUGUGCAGUUGACUGAAAACUCCCCAGAUUGGUUUCCAUUUUUAUGUGUCAAUUCGCCGCCUGAGAACAACCCUCACCUUGGGCUUUUUUACCGGGGAGGUGUAACUAAGUCUAAGCCUGGUCCAAGCUUCGAAAGUCCGGCAUUGUCAGCUCCAGUACCAGUUAAUGUUUAUAUAGAAGGAAGUCCCAUCUUAACAGUCACUGACGAGUACCUCACUAUUCCCCAGAAAGUGCUGGGGCAGUGUGUGAACCGUGCUCCUGUAGCAUUUUUGAAAAACUUUAAAGUUGAAUGUGUAACUCUGCUAAACACCUGUCCAACUGGAUCUCCCUUACAAACACAACCACCUGAUCUGAAGAUUCAAGUGAAUAAUGGGCAAGGAGGUGACGUUAAUGUGGAGGUCACUGAAGAAGUGGUCACUGACUUGAGUCAGUUUAUUACUAGUGCAAAUGUGCUCCCUGCUGCAGAUGAGAGCCUUGUAUGUGAGAAUGUGACCUUAGCAAUUGAUUAUCAAAUCUACUGGAAAGGAAAUGGCAUCACAAGUAUUAAUUUGACACACUUCAUUGGGACCAUCAUUUUGAAUGGUAGUGUGACAUUAACUACAAGGUACUCUGCUGUGUUUUUAAAUGGUGAAUUCAUGGGUGAGCCCAAUUCAGGGAACCCAGGUUACCAGGUGGGGAGGCCUGUUAUUGGUGGAAUUGCCAACACUUCAGACAAUAACCCCGGGUCAAUACAGAGGACGCCAAUCAAUCUUUGGAAAUCAGGGAGUGAUGGACUUUGUGUCACCAAUAUGAAGAGACCAGUUCUGUAUGGGGAAAAUGCAACGUCCGGUUGUUUGCUUCCUGUCAGUGGGGAGUAUCUGGCUCAGUGUGAUGUCUUAAGACAGGCUGUUCGUUCUCUACAGGAAGCUUUGACAACGGCCACAUAUGUGGCAAAGAGUGGAAACCCAGAUCCACUAACUGUGGCAGACUGGGUGAAAAUAAGCUUUGUGACACUGAACUCCAGCACAGCUAUGGGAAACACUAGAAGUUCAUGCUAUGGGAUUCCAUACCACCAACAUAUCCAUGUUUGGAGCCUAAUCACAGGAAUGGUAGAUGGUGUACCUCAAAGGAAUAUCCAUGCUGUGCAAGUCAGCUACAGCUCGACCACCUGGACACUGGACUGUGGAGGAGGUGCUGUCUCGCCAUGUGUGGACUCACUGGAAACUCAGUUAUUCCCCAUCACCUCCUCAGUCACCUUUACUGACAUUCCUGUCAACGCAGGGCCACCAAAAACAAGGUUUCAGAUCAACUUCACAGAGUAUGACUGUAACAGGAAUGAUGUGUGUUGGCCUGAGUUGGCUUUUCCCGUCACCAGGUAUUACACAGGUGAGCCAUAUUCUCAGUCACUGGCUCAGGGUCUUGUCUUGGUUUUCUUCUUUAUUGUUGCCUCAAUUCUUGGGACUCCGUGGAGACAAAUCCGACAGGCUUGGAACAGUCUCUAAAAUGCUUAGAAAAACAUAGGGGAAGCAACACAUGUGGAGGAAUAAGUUAACUGAAUAAUGAAUCUAUUUAAAUGUAAUUACUACUGUUUUCAUUUGAUCUUGUUUCUAGCAAUAUGUAGUUUUGUACAUGUUUAAUUGUAAAUAAUAUUAUUUGUGCAGCUUUUGUAAUAAAAAAAUAUCUAUUUUUUCAAA